UCGCCCGGCCUCUACCUGGCCGUGCUGGGGCAGGUCUUCGACGUGCACCGCGGCCGCGAGCACUACGGGCCGGGCGGCGCCUACAGCGGCCUGGCGGGCAGAGACGCGUCCCGGGCCUUCGUGACGGGAGACUUCUCGGCGCGGGGGCUGGUGGACGACGUGUCGGGGCUGCCGCCGCGGGACGCGCCCGCGCUGCGCCGCUGGCUGCGCUUCUACCAGCAGCAAUACGACCUCGUGGGCAAACUGGUGGGAAGGUUCUAUGAUGAGAACGGGGCACCCACAGAGGCUCUGAAACAAGCAGAGGCCCUCAUUGAAGAAGGCUUGAAGCUUAAGGCACAAAGUGAAGAGGAGAACCAGCAAUUUCCACCUUGCAACUCUGAAUGGAGCUCAAAUGGUGGCAGCAGAUUCUGGUGUUCCAAACAAAGUGGAGGAGUGAAGAGAGACUGGAUCGGUGUACCGAGGAAGUUUUACAAGCCUGGAUCCAAAGACAGUUAUUGUGUGUGUGUGCGAACUACUGGGCCUCCUUCUGGGCAACUGGAUUACAGUGAGCAUAAGGACAGAGGUGACUUAGACAAUCCUCACUUGCAAGAAUAUGAAGGGUGCCAUCCACUAGCAGGCUGGUGUGCUCUAACAGACUGAGUUAAAAUAAGCUUUUUGGCCCCCGAAGUGAAACAAGUUUGAAAGGGCUAAGGGCACAAAAAGCACUUUGAAUUUUCUUGUACCUUAAAAAUAUGGAUCACAAACCAGUUUGUAUAAGCAUGUGCAAAUAAAUGAAAGAACCACACUAUACAGGGUGUAUGAAUGAAAAAUACGUGGUGAAAGAGGAAGACUCCUACUUCCAUAUUUGUUUCAACAUUGUUUCUCACUGGUUGGAAGCAAAUGUUAGGAAUUUGCCAUCGAAUCCAUAUUUAGAAACGGUUACUCUUGGUUAUGCAAGGAAAAACAGAAGCGUGGAACUGUAGCUAUGGAAGGACUGUGCUGCAUUCAAAGGAAUUAACCAGCACAUCAGUACACUGGGAGCUCAUUUAACUUACAGAAACAUGCAAAUGAAACUCCUCCCCACUACCCCCAAAGCAGGAGUUUUGCAGUAGAAUCGUUUGCAGUGCUCACUUGCAUUCUGUCAGCAGCACCAUCACCUCCAUGGCUCAGGACAAGGCCUUGUGUGUGGGAGGUCUCUUUCACAAACAUGCUAUUUGGCAUCCAGUGUCCUGUGCAGUUAUACAAAAGCAGUGCUUAUCAAGUGCAGAAGGUACACUGG